GGUAAAAAACAAACAACAAAUAGAGAGGGAGAGACCGAGAGAGGUGGGAAAAGAGGAAAAACCAAAAGGUGAAUAAACGCCAGAACCCAAAAGGGCUUUUAGCUUAAAGCUACACAUUGACAUUUUUCACUUGGUCACACACCUUCCAUUUGCUUUCUUCUCCCCUUUUUGCUUCUUGGCAGAAGACAAUAUACUAUCAGAUUCAGAUUGCUUUUGUCCUGAGAGACAAGGCACCCAUGCCAAUGUAGGAGUGAGAGAGAAAACCGGUGAAGUAGACAUGUUUAAGAAUCAGCUGCAAGAACUUGCCCAGAGAAGCUGUUUCAACCUCCCUUCUUAUGCCUGCAUCAGAGAAGGACCUGAUCAUGCACCGAGAUUCAAAGCUUCUGUGAACUUCAAUGGUGAGAUCUUUGAGAGCCCCAGUUACUGCACCACGUUGAGGCAGGCAGAGCAUGCAGCUGCUGAAGUGGCUCUCAAUGUCCUCUCCACAAGGGGUCCUUCAAGGUCUUUAACUGCCAGAGUUCUUGAUGAGACUGGAGUCUACAAAAACCUCCUCCAAGAAACUGCUCAUAGAGCUGGCUUGAACCUUCCAGUUUACACCACGGUGAGAUCAGGUCCUGGCCAUGUCCCUGUUUUCACUUGUACAGUAGAGCUAGCUGGUAUGAAUUUUACAGGUGAGUCAGCCAAAACAAAGAAGCAAGCUGAAAAGAAUGCUGCAAUAGCAGCUUGGUCUGCCUUGAAAAGAGUGCCAAACUUGGGUUCAUUAUCCCAUUUAAGUAAGGAAGCAGAGUCUCGUGAAGAACAGGUCGUGGUGGCAAGGGUUCUCUCAAAUUUCAGGUCCAAAGAUGAAAGCAGACCAAUCAGGAGGUGGGAUCAGAAUCAAGCAAGAAGAAGAAUGGUGAGGGGUCAUGGUGGUUCUGGUUCUUCAUCCACUUCUAAUAACUCCCAACAGUUUCAAAAGUGGAGGCCUAUGGAUCUAUUAAUGGAUUCUGUCCCAGAAGGUGGUACUGCACAAAAUCAAAACUGCUUUGUAGCUCUUCUUCCUCCACCUCCACCUAGAACAGCUUCAAAGAUCUUACCACCAAUUUCACCCAGAGACACUCUAUCUCUCUACCCAUCAACCAGGCCUAUCCCAGUACAAGCCAUCGGCAGGUCACAAGUUAAAAUGCCAGAGGUACCAACUCUGUUGGAAGAGCAUCAAAGGGAUGAGGAAGAAUGGCUUGAUGGGAAAUCAAAUCUCAUCAGAAAGCCCACCGAAAAAGAGUGUCCCAGCAAUGCAAAUGCGAGCAGUGUCUAUGGGGCAAACUCUAUCUACCGGCCAUUUCCCUUGCCGAAUGCUGGGAAGCUAAACACUUCACUGCCUGAUAGCCCUCAUCAACCACAUGAGCAAACCCAUAUCAAGAAUAAUCCUUUUGGGAAUCCAACACCAUCAGCAAUGAAGGGUUCCGCAGGUAUUCACAUUCCCAGGACCAUGGGCACCGGAGGGUUCCAACCACACAGGAUUGCCCCAGCAGUUCAAAUCAGGUCAGUGAUCCCAGUCUGUGCAGCACCACCUCCUCCAAUGAGACUCCCACCAUCAAACCAUCCAACAAGGAAUGAAGCUUCUCCAUCAGCCUUGAGUGCUUCUUCUUCAAUCCCCGCACAUACAGGAGCCGGCUUAAAGUUCAACAAGCCAGAGCUAUACUCCACUCAACUCAGUUCUGAGUUCAACAAGCUACAGUUGUGAAGUAAAAAAGGGGCAGAAAAAAUAAAAAAAAAAGGAAAAAAGGAAAAAAAAGAAAAGUAUCCAUAUAUCAUAAAAAUCUAAUUUCCAUCUAUAAUUAGCAUUUUAUGCUAGUUUACCUCAUGGUUGUUCCCUAAAACUAGUGCCUUUUGGCCUUAGAAAACCAUGAUUUUGUCUCAUGGGUCUUGGAAAAGUGGGUUCUGCUUUCUAUGGUGAAAUUUUGUAAAAGAUGAUAAAUUUUUAGAAUAUUUGUUCACCUUUCACA